AUGGGAAUGAUUGAGGAACGUCAAGUUGCUAUAGUAGACACUCCAGGUCUAUUCGAUACAAACCAUAUUUCUAAUGAAUCCACGAAAGAAAUAAUUCGUUGUAUGCAUUUAUCGUAUCCAGGUCCACAUGCCUUUUUGCUAGUUUUGAAGGCAGAUCGCUUCACCGAUGAAGAAAAUGACACUGUAACUAGUCUCCUCGACCUAUUUGGCGAUCAUAUGCUUUCAUAUACCGUAGUUAUAUUUACACGGCUGGAUGACCUAGAAGAAGAUGGGACAACACUUGGGGAAUAUAUUGAAAGUUCCACAGAAGCUUUGAAACGGUUAAUAAAGAGUGUUCAGUUUCGAAUAAUUGCUUUCAAUAAUAAAGGAAACGCAGACCAAAAGACUUCUUAUGUUUCGUCACUACAUAGAAUUAUAAAUAAAAUGCAGCAGGUGAAUGAUGGCAAACAUUAUACAAGUGAAAUGUUCAAGGAGGCAAAAUCUAAAAUUCAAGAAAAAAUUAGGACUGCCGAACGAAAAAAAGAGACAGAGAACCAACGAGUAUUUAAACUGGUUGAACAUAAAUUUAAGUCUGAAAUUAGGAACGCGGAACGAAGUUCAUCCCGUCUUCAGAACGAAUUAUGCAAACAAAAAGAACAGCACAAGAGUAUCGAAACUGAACACCAAGAAUCACAAGAGCGAAUUGUGAAUAUGCAAGAAAAUUUGAGCAGAACAAAAAUUUACAACCAAACGGAAUUGCGCGAGUCCAUAGAAGAAGAAAACCAGAAAGUAGAAGCAAAAUUAAACGCAAGACGCAAGCAGCAAUACAGAAGUAAACCGGUGUUUACAUCUUCCUGGAUCAGGAAUGAUGAACAACGGAUGAAAAAUUUGGCAGAUGAAAAUAAAAUGCAAAUAAGGAUUCAGAAAAUUCAAUUGCAAAAACAGACGGAGGAAGUAAUCAGAAUAUUAACAUAUAAACUUAAGAAAGAGAGAGAGGCUGAAGUGCAAAGGCAGUUAUUUCAAGAAAAAAGAGAACGGGAAAGAAUCCAUUUGCAAAACAAGAAUCUUUCAAACAUGUUAAAUGAGAUAGAGGAGACCAAAAGACAGAAGGAAUUACAACAAAGACAGCCGAAUUCACGACGUAGUUUUUUCAGACACUCAACUGCGAGUCCUAUACAAACAGAUAAUGUUCAAACAACUUACUACGAGAACUCAGAUGAUGACAGCUCCUGUGUAAUUCUUUAG